CCUGAAAUCAGGACUGGUACCGGAAUUAGAACAAGUUCGCAACAAGGAGACAAAGCAGUCCGAUAAAUUUACUCUUAUAUAUCUCUGGGGAAACACACUUACAAACACAUUGAUAUCCAGACAAAGAGAAAAAUCCUCUAACAAACGAAAACAGAAUCAUGCUAUAAUGAGUACCUUCACCAAAAUACCAAAAUGAUGGAAAAAAGAGUAAAACUGAAAACUGUCAAUACUCAUAUAACUUGUACUUUGUGUCGGGGAUAUCUUAUUGAAGCAACAACAAUAACAGAAUGUUUACAUACAUUCUGCAAGACAUGUCUGGUGAAAUAUUUACAUGAACACAACAAAUGUCCUAAGUGUGGAAUAUUGAUACAUCAAAGUCAUCCAUUAAAUUAUAUCAGUCAUGACCGUACCAUGCAAGAUAUUGUGUACAAGCUGGUACCUAAAUUACAAGAAAAAGAAGCAAAACGUAAAGAAAAGUUUUACAAAGCAAGAGGAAUAAAACCAGAACCAACAGAAGAACCUAUUCUAACGGAAGCGGAAAUUAAAAAAGAACCAGUUGAAAAAGAGGAAAACCAUGAUUACCAUAGAAAUGAUGAACAAGUGAAUGUAUGUUUAGAAGGACAGGAUCUAGACAUGAAAUGUCUACGCAGGAAAUUCUUACGAUUAUCCUCCCAAGCAACAGUUAGCCAUCUAAAGAAAUUCAUUGCACUCAAAUUAUUUGAUGAUAUUAAAAGGUUUACAGAUAUAGAGAUUUUGUGUAAUGAUGAACUGUUAGGGAAAUAUCAUACACUUAAAUUUGUAGCAAUAACAAGAAAAAGACAAAAGGAUGGACCACUUGUUCUACAUUACAGACCAAAAACUAUUGAGUACUGAUGAGAAGACUUUUAAGUGGUUAGUUUACUGUUCUUCAUAGACAAAUACAUAUGUAUACAGGACCUGUAGGACAUCUGUAGAUACCAAAUGUCCUGUUCUUUAUAGACAAAUACAUGUGUAUAAAGGACCUGAAGGACAUCUGUAGAUACCAAAGCAUUCAUUGUGUGUGAAAUAAAUAGAACUUUGGUAAUUCAUUUUGGAUAUAAAGGAGGACUCUGUUCAAAUAUAUAUUUUAUAAAAGGAUUGCAGAUAACAGAAGUAAUUUUGACAAUACAUUGAUUGACGAGAUCAGCCAAGCAUAUAAGUGAUAUGAGUUUGCUUUCUUGGAGUUGUCCCAUGUUUAAAUAGACUUGCUCUAAUUUAUUGUUUUUGUAUUUAUGCAACUUAUAUUUAUUGUAUUAACAUGUUUUAUGAUAUUUUCUUUUUGCAAAACAAGUGAUAUUGAUAAAAAGUUUAUAUCUUUGGAUUAAAAAUUAUUUAUUUGAAAAACUAGUAGAAAAAUACAGCUAUUGCAUAUAUUUCACCUGAUCCGCCAUGGCUGAAAUGACAUUCUGUUAAAAAAAAUUUAGAUAACAGUGUUUCUUGAGAAAUUUUGAUUCACAUCCUUGCCAAAACUUGUAGCAUUAGGGUUAGCCAAGUGUUUCAAUAUAAUCUUCAAUCUCAAUGGGGAAAAUUGGAAACUGUUAUUGAUCUCUAAUAAACUAAUAAAUAGCAAAAUUUAAGAAUAUUACAAAACUUGACUUUUUACAAUGAGAAAUGACUUUGAGAUUAACAUUUCUUUGAUAGAACAUAUCUUGAUUAUGAAGUUAUAAUGCUUAAAUUAUGCCUUUUCAAUUGAAAGUUACUGUCUAUUAAUUUUUGUGGUCAAAAAUAGUUAUUAGAAAUCCAGGUAAAUAAUUUAUUAUUUUAAGGUUUAUAAUACUUAUAUUCUGUCUUUAAAACACAUUAUCCUUUUGAAUAAAUAUAAUAUACAAUCAAAUGUUAAAAUUAAGAGACAAAACUUUGCUUGUGUAGUUCUAAAUGCCUCAAUUUACUAUAUUGUUUUUUUCUUUCACCUGAUUUCAAUUCUUUUCACAUAUUAUAUAUACUUAACAAUGUUGUUAUUAAACGAAAGCAAGAAGGAAAAAAAACCAUACAUAUCAAAGUAUUGCAGAAUUUUAGUCUUAAGCAUAAUGGUUAGGCCAAAACGAAAAUAUUUGUAAUCAGGGUUUCCCUACUUAAUUUAUUUUUUAUGCCUAAAAUUGCCUACCCUAAAGUUUUAAUUGACACUUUUGGUAGAGAAUAGUGACAAAAUAACAGAUUGUCUCUACAUGAAAAUUAGACAAAAUAAAAGAAAUUUUUACCUCCUUACCCUGUUUUUUCUAAACAAUAGAGUCCUCGACACACAUAUUUAUGCCCCCAUUUGGUGGCAUCGCUUUAACCGUUCUAGAGUUAUGCCCCUUUACAAACGGAAAAAUUGCUGAAUUUUUUGUUUCCGUCCCUAUCUUUAGUUUGCCUCAACCAAAUGUUCUUAAACUUGAACACAAUGCUUAUUACCACAAAACACAGAUCAAGUUUGAAUUUUGGUGGCGUCACUUUAAUUGUUCUGGAGUUAUGCUCCUUUACAAAUGGAAAAAUUGCUGAAUUUUUUCGUUUCCGUUCUCUAACUUAAGUUUGCCUCAACCACAUGUUAUGAAACUUAUACACAAUACUUAUUACCACAAAAUUCAGAUCAAGUACAAAUUUUGGUAGCGUCACUUUUACCGUUCUUCAGUUAUGUCCCUUUAUAACUUUAUAUGAUAUGCAAGCGGGGGCAUCAUCUGUGUCCCAUGGACACAUUCCACAUUUUUUUUUGUUUGGCCUUAAUCUAUGAAGUAGUUUAGAGUGAAUCAUUUGAAAAGAAAGCAUAUAUGUAUUAAUGGUGCUUGUUCCAUGAGGUUACAUGUUAUUUUGUGUAUAAUUAUCCUUUGUAUAUUAGUUUUCUAUUGUUUUGGCUAAGUUCAGGGAUGGUUUUAAUCUGUGUUUUAGCAGAUAUCGACUGUUGUCAUCUGUGUUUUACCAGAUAUCGACUGUUGUUAGUAUAAAUUUAUUUAAUUUAGUACAACUAAUUUAUACACAGAGAUUUGCUUACUGUACAGUCCUUUCUGCUUUUUAGCUCACCUGGCCCAAAGGGCCAAGUGAGCUUUUCUCAUCACUUGGCGUCCCUCGUCCCUCGUCCUGCGUCCGUCGUCCGUCGUCCGUAAACUUUUACAAAAAUCUUCUCCUCUGAAACUACUGGGCCAAAUUUGACCAAACUUGUCCACCAUCAUCAAUAGGGUAUCUAGUUUAAAAAAUAUGUCCGGUGACCCGGCCAACUAACCAAGAUGGCCGCCAUGGCUAAAAAUAGAACAUAGGGGUAAAAUGUAGAUUUUGGCUUAUAUCUCUGAAACCAAAGCAUUUAGAGCAAAUCUGACAUGGGGUAAAAUUGUUUAUCAGGUCAAGAUCUAUCUGCCCUGAAAUUUUCAGAUGAAUCUGAAAACCGGUUGUUGGGUUGCUGCCCCUGAAUUGGUAAUUUUAAGGAAAUUUUGCCGUUUUUGGUUAUUGUCUUGAAUAUUAUUAUAGAAAGAGAUAAACUGUAAACAGCAAUAAUGUUCAGCAAAGUAAGAUCUACAAAUAAGUCAACAGGCCCAAAAUGGUCAGUUGACCCCUUAAGGAGUUAUUGCCCUUUAUAGUCAAUUUUUAACCAUUUUUCGUAUAUUUUUGUAAUCUUUUACAAAAAUCUUCUCCUCUGAAACUACUAAGACAAAUUUAACCAAACUUGUCCACAAUCAUCAUUAGGGUAUCUAGUUUAAAAAAUGUGUCCGAUGACCCGCCCGCGAACCAAGAUGGCCGACAUGGCUAAAAAAUAGUUCAUAGGGUAAAAUGCAGUUUUUGGCUCAUAUCUCUGAAACCAAAGCGUUUAGAGCAAAUCUGACAGAAUAAAAUUGUUCAUUAGGUCAAGAUCUAUCUGCCCUGAAAUUUUCAGACCAAUCAGGCAACACGUUGUUGGGUUGAUGCCCCUGAAUUGGUAAUUUUAGGAAAAUUUUGCAGCUUUUGGUUAUUAUCUUGAAUAUUAUUAUAGAUAGAGAUAAACUGUAAACAGCAAUAAUGUACAGCAAAGUAGAUCUACAAAUAAGUCAACAUGACCAAAAUUGUCAAUUGACCCCUUAAGGAGUUAUUGCCCUUUAUAGUCAAUUUUUUAUAAUUUUCAUAAAUUUUUGUAAAUUUUUACAAAAUAUUUUCCACUGUAACUACUGGGCCAAGAUCAUUAUAGAUAGAGAUAAUUGUAAGCAGCAAGAAUGUUCAGUAAAGUAAGAUCUACAAACACAUCACCAUCACCAAAACACAAUUUUGUCAUGAAUCCAUCUGUGUCCUUUGUUUAAUAUGCACAUACUGACCAAGGUGAGCGACACAGGCUCUUUAGAGCCUCUAGUUCUUUCUAUGAGCUGAAUCAUCCCUUAAAUUUAAGUGAAGUUUAAAAAUAUUUAUUUAUAUCUAAUUCUAGGAACUCUGAACACCUCAAAAAGCCUUAUUUAUACUUUAUUAAAGUAUUUUCAAUUAUCAAUGAAUUAAUUACACAUAUAGAUUCAGAUUUAACUUUCAAGGUUAAAGUUGUUAGAAUAGCAAUCUCUCCAGUAAAAAAAUUUCUUUUUCUUUGGAAUUUAGAAAAGAACAUAAAUCAUAAGAUUUAUAUCAGCUCAUGAAAUUAUGUUAUAGAAAACUGGAAUUAAAAUUUGUAAUUUAAUGAAUUAAAGAACCUUUGUGAGCACACUCACAUACCCCACGCCUCAUAACUCCUACAAAAGUAAAUUGAUAAAAAUUUCUUGUGGAUAUGCACAUCUUCAUAUUAUGUCCUUAAUAUCUACAAAGUUCCAUAAAAUUCUGUUAUGUGGUUUCAGAGGUGUUGCGAUGGCAAUCUGAUGCAGUAGUAUAUUUAGGCCAAAAUUUUAAGUUCAAAGUGGCUGAAACCCUAGAAAAAAAAUUGAAUCACAAUUUCCUGUUGAUAUGCACAUCUACAUAGUUUGUCCUCAUUAACAACAAAGUUUCAUGAAAUUCUGUUGUGUGGCUUCAGAGGAGUUGCAAUGGCAAUCUGUUGCAGUAAUAUAUUAAGGCAAAAAUUCUAAGUUCAAAGGGGCAAAGAAAGAGAACCAUUUUUAACAUAACCAUGCUAAAAAAAAAUAUGGGCCCUUGUUAAUUUCCAAGUAUUGCAGUUUCAUUUAAUUUCAGAACUCACAUGUUUCAUUGCCAAAAAUAGCUUUUCAUUAGUUUCAUUGAUAUUUACAUUUUGUUUAUUUGUUGUACUUGCAGUUGUACGAUACAUGGCUGUGCUAUGCAUUUAUUGUAAAACCCAGUCAUGCAAGUUUCAUGUGCAGAAUCAUUGAUAUUUUAUAUUCAAAUUAUUAAAAAUUGUUAAUUCUU